ACGACAAAACCCGGGUAUUUCUUUUCACCGUCUUUCUCCGCUUUCGCAGCCGAGUCAGCUGUCUCAGACAGCGUGGAGAAACUGCUUCCGGCUUCACUCAUUCCCGCCUGUCAGCGUGACCGACAUGGAGAGUCGAAAGCGACCCGUGUGUCCGGCUCCCAGCCCGGACGAGGAGUUCCAAACCCCGGAGAAGAGAGUGUCGGUGGCCCGAGACUCGCCUCUGGACUCCGGCUUCAUGCGGUGGGGAGUGGAGGAAACCUGUCAAUACCUGCAAAGAGAAGGACUUGAAGAGUGGAAGGAUAAGUUCAGAGCUGAGAAGAUUACAGGUGUGGGACUGAGGUACCUCAAGGAUGAAGACCUGGAGAAGAUUGGCAUAAAGUGUCUCGGUGACCGUCUGCAGAUUCUGCACAGCCUCAGGAAACUGUGGCAGAUUGAAGCUGAGCCCAGCAAGGUCUUCAACGAUCCCAUCCAUGGCCACGUGGAGCUCCAUCCGCUUCUGAUUAAGAUCAUCGACACGCCUCAGUUUCAAAGGCUUCGAAACAUCAAGCAGCUUGGAGGGACGUAUUACGUUUUUCCUGGGGCCUCCCACAACCGCUUUGAACACAGCAUUGGGGUCGGGUAUUUGGCUGGACGACUUGUUCAAGCUCUCAACGAGAAGCAGCCAGAGCUCCUCAUCUCUCGCAGGGACAUUCUUUGCGUGCAGAUCGCUGGACUCUGCCAUGACCUCGGACAUGGACCUUUUUCCCAUAUGUUUGAUGGCAUGUUUAUACCCAAAGCACGUCCAGGAAUUAACUGGAAGCACGAGGCCGCCUCUUUAAAAAUGUUUGACUACCUUGUGGAUGACAACGGCCUAAGACCGGUCAUGGAGGAGUACGGUCUGGUGCUGCCAGAGGACCUGGACUUUAUCAAGGAGCAGAUCGCAGGACCGACAGAGAGCAGCUCAGGACGAGGAGAGAAGUGGCCGUACAAAGGCCGUUCUAAAGACAAGUCCUUCCUCUAUGAGAUUGUUGCCAACAAAAUGCACGGUAUCGAUGUGGAUAAGUGGGACUAUUUUGCAAGGGACUGCCAUCAUUUGGGCAUCCAGAACAACUUUGACUAUCGGCGCUUCCUAAAAUUUGCAAGGGUCUGUGAAGUGGAUGGACAGAAGCACAUCUGCACAAGAGACAAGGAAGUGGGCAAUCUGUACGACAUGUUUCACACUAGGAACUGUCUCCACAGAAGAGCCUACCAGCACAAAGUGGGCAACAUCAUCGAGACAAUGAUCACUGAAGCAUUUUUAAAAGCAGAUCCAAACAUCCACAUUGAAGGCUCUCAGGGAAAGAUCUUCCAUCUGUCCACAGCUAUUGAUGACAUGGUGGCCUACACAAAGCUGACAGAUAAUGUGUUUGAACAGAUCCUGAACUCAUCUUCUCCAGAGCUUGCAGAAGCAAAGCUGAUACUGCACAAAAUCAUCUGCCGGCAACUCUAUAAGUGUCUGGGGCAAACCCGACCAGACAAAGCCUUGACUGUCACUCAGGAAAAUAUUCACAUUUGGGAGGCAGAUUUGGCUCAGUCCAUCCCCCACAGUGGCUCUCGUGAUGUUGAUCUUCAGCCACAGGACUUUGUUGUCAGCGUUAUCACGAUGGACUAUGGGAUGAAGGAAAAGAAUCCCAUCAAUAACGUGCGUUUUUACUGCAAGGAUGACCCAACAAAAGCCAUAAAAAUCAAUAAAAACCAGGUGUCUAAACUUCUCCCAGAGCACUUUGCUGAGCAACUCAUCAGGGUGUACUGCAAGAAGACAGAUGAGAGGACCCUGGAGGCCGCCAAGAAGCACUUUGUUCAGUGGUGCAUGGACAGGAACUUCUCAAAGCCUCAGGAUGGAGAUGUCAUAGCACCUGAGCUGACUCCUCUGAAACCCAGCUGGUGCACCAACAAUGAAGGCGAAGACAGUGAUGCCUGCAGCUCCAAAGAAACAAACGUUCACAUGAACGGACUCCAGAAAGCUAAGAUUCAACUUAACUUUCAGUGAACGGAGAGAGACACCUGCCCCUUGUUGCACAUUAGAAGGAAACAGAUGAGUGUCACAUGACAAGUAUAUUUUUCUACAAGUCGAGUUCGCUGAGGAGCCCACAAAUAGCUUUUUAUACAAAACACAGAAAUUAGAAGAGAAAGAUUUAGUGAAAGAGUCCUGGACAAGGUUUGGUUCAGAAAAAUAAGGUUCAAUUUAGCAAUAUUUAUUUUAUUGUUUUUAAUUAGUUUUUUUUUUUUUUUUUUUUUUUUUUGUCAAAUAUCCAUUAGGCAGUUUAAAGACUUUUAUAAUUUUCAACACAGCAUCUUCAUCAAAUUUUACUCAUCCUUUAAUAACCACCAUCAUAGUCUGCUACAUUUAAAGAAACAGCUCUGCACAUUUAAAGUGUUUUUACAUUUAUUUUUAUUAUUUGAGGUGAGGGAGGAACUUUCUAUUUAUUUCAUGUAGAGUUGUGUUUUGGUUGAAUUUUUUGAUACUUUAUUUAUUGUUUCUCCAGAAAAUAGUUUUGCUUGCAAGGAUUGAAACAUUUUAGUCUUUACAUUUUACUUGAUCAUGUUGAGGCCUCAGCAGAUCUUUGCUUGACUGUUUAAAAAUUAACUGAUACUGUUGGUUGCUGUGAUUUCUGAAUAUAACACUUGUGAAGUGAGAAACAAAAUCUAUUGAAAUAAACUCUUCAGAAUUGAGAGACACCACAAAGUCGUCUGAAGCUAAAGAAGAAAUACUCAAGUUGUUUUUAUUGUUUUACAUAACUCAUGCUAAAGGCUGCAGAGAAACUGGUGAAUUCUUGGUCACUGAUUGCACUAAGAAUUAGAAUCACAAGCUGCAAAGAAAUAUUAUUAUGUUCAUACCAGUAUCACCAUCACACUGUUUGACUUCAGGCCAAUCAUGCUGGACAUUUUAAACUGCUUGUUUAAUUAAAAUGAAACAAUCAGAUAUAUGUGUGCCAUGCUUAUGUUAUGAUGCUUAUCUUUAAUAUUCAGGAAUUGAAACUGGUGGUCUCAUAAUUCAUUUUACAAGACGAAUGGAUCCAAUUAAUAUGCAGCUAUAGAGUGAAAUUCAUUCAAGGUAUGAAGAGGAAGAUGAAAACAUUUUGAAAUAAAACCUUCUAAAUCACUGUUUCUGACAGUGACAAGCAAACAAGUCUUUGUGUCAA